AUGGAGGAACACGAACACAAACAAAAAAUAGACCAUAGCCAAAAAGCACAGUGCAUACAAAAGAGAAGCAAGGACAAUAACAAGAGCACAUGUAUUGACUCUAUGCUCCCAAUCUCCACAAAACCCAAUAUUUCACCUUUUAACUGUAAUGUUGAAGUAGAAGGAGGGAUGGAUAGGGGAAGUCAGGAGAAACAUACUAACAUGCCGGAAUGGGUGUCCAAAUGGGGGAAUCUGACUCAUGUUCUGCAUGAGGCUAUUGAUGAAUAUGUUGUAGAUAAUUCUGAGGAUGAAGUAGAUGUGGAUAACCAGUCUUUACAUGAUCCUGAUGAUGAUGAUGAGACUUGUCAUACUUUAAAGCAUCAACUUGCUAUGGACAAUGCUAUUAGCAACUGCAAUGGCAAGAUCUGGCUGUUUUGGAAUCUAGAUGUUGACUACAAUUUUAUAGAGGAGGCUGAGCAGCAUAUCACUUGUGAAAUUGUUCAUAAUGAGCUACAUACCAAGUUCCCUAAUACCUUUGUCUAUGCCAAGUUGGGUAACUAUAAUGUUAUUACUUCCAUUGAUGAGAAGCUGGGAGGGGUGCCUUACAAUAUGAGGAAAAGUCUGGAAUUCAUUGUUGUAAUUGAAGCUUUUGGUCUUAUGGACCUUGGUUUCAGUGGUCAGAAAUUUACAUGGUACAACAAAAGGGGUAUACACAGCAGGGUGUGGAAGAUAUUAGACAGAGCUAUGUUUCUCAACUGCUGGGCUAACCAACCCAAUUUCCUUGACAUUGUUCAAGCUUGCUGGGAUAGGGAACUGGAGGGAAACAACAUGUGGAGAUUUCAUCAGAAGCUCAAAAGAUUAGCCUGUACUCUCAGUGCUUGGUCUGAGGGAGAAUUUGGUGACAUUUUUAUCAAAGUCAAGGAGUAUAAAAACAGGGUUAAAACUGCUGAAGAUCUCUUUAUACAAACCAAUACAGAGGAGAAUAGAACUGCACUACAUGAGCUUAAUGUUGAUUACAUCCGAUUCUUCAAGUUGGAGGAGUACAUCCUAAAGCAAAAAACUCAGUUCCAAUGGUUUAAAGAGGGUGACAGCAACACUAAGUAUUUUCGCUCCCUAAUAAGAGGGAGAAGGAGGAGAUUAUUUAUAAACAGACCUUUAAGAGAGGAUGGGGAAUGGAUACAAGGAGAUGAGAAUAUUGCAAAGGAAGCUUGUGAUCACUUUCAACAAAUAUUUACAGAGGAGAACAAGUUCAUCAAUGAGGGUCACCUUGACUGUAUCCCCAGAAUGCUUAAUCAAGAACACAAUGACAUGCCAACUGUCAAGCCUACUAUGGAGGAAUUCAAAAAAGUGGUGUUCUUUAUGAACCCCAAUUCUGCAGCAGGUCCAGAUGGUAUGAAUGGAUGUUUCUUUCAGAAGUGCAGGAAAAUUAUCAAGCAUGACUUAUUAAAUGUCAUCCUGGACUUCUUCAGUGGGCAAAUGGUUCCCAACUAUCUUUCCCAUUCUUGUAUUGUGUUGCUUCCCAAAGUAAAGAAUCCAAAUAAGCUCUCUGAAUUCACGCCCAUCAGUCUUAGUAGCCUUACCAGCAAAAUCAUUUCUAAACUUCCAAGUUUGAGAUUGGGUCCUAUCUUACCCAACCUGAUUUCUCUUAAUCAAUCAGGUAUUUUCAAGCGUAGACACAUUUCAGAAAAUAUCAUGCUAGCUCAAGAGAUUAUUCAUCAGAUUAAGAAGCCUAAUAUUUGGAGCAAUGUGGUCAUUAAAUUAGACAUGGCAAAGGCCUAUGAUAGGGUUUCUUGGUAUGGUUGCAUUCAAUCUACUAGAGGUCUGAAGCAAGGUGACCCCCUAUCACCUGCCCUAUUUAUUUUAGGGGCUGAGGUCCUUUCUAGAUCAUUGAACAGAGCUCACAGCAAUCCUGGAUAUCAUGGUUUCUUUAUAGAGAUGAAAGGCCCUCAAGUUAACCACCUUAGCUUUGCAGAUGAUAUUAUCGUUUUUACUUCUGGAAGGAAAAAGUCUCUUGAACUAAUUAUGCAGACUCUGAAUAUCUAUGAGGAGACUUCUGGACAAUUGUUGAACAAAGACAAAAGCCAAUUUUUGGUCCAUUCUAAUGCCUUCAACAGCACUAAAGACAUGAUUAAGAGGAUCACCCGAGUUUUGCCCCUAGCCAACUUUUCUAGUGAAAACAAUAGGUUCAACAACAGCACUAUGGCUGACUUCCUGAUUGAGGGCCAAUGGAACAUGGAGAUGGUGAUACAGCAGGCUCCUCACAGCAUGGUAGCUAACAUCCUAGAUACCCACUUUCAGUACCAGCAAGAAAAUCCUGACCAAGCAGUGUCGAAGCUUACUACAGAUGGAAAUUUCAGUUGUUCUUCUGCCUGA